AUGUCUCAUAAAUCUGAGAAGACAAAUAAUGGUAAUCCGGCAACGCAAAAUACACCUAAAAAUACCAGUGAAAUUAAAAUAAAUUUAGCGGGUGAAUAUGAUGGAAGAUUAUUGCACGUUUUGGACUAUCAAA